AUGAACAUAAGAAGCAUGCGUAAAAAUUUUGAUAAUUUCCUCGUAACCCUAAAAAGGUUGGAUCUUGAUUUCGACGCUAUUGUCUUCAGCGAGUGCUGGCUUAAUGAGUUUGUGACGGUCCCCCUAUUGCAAGGAUUUACAUCAUUUUACUCUCAAAAGUAUAUUAACAGGGCAGGAGGAGUCGCUAUCUACAUAAGAGAUAGGUGGUCAGCCAAUUUUUCUGAGCUGAACGUUGACGAGGGUAAUUGUAUUCUCGCAGAAGUUGCAAAUCACUUCUCAGUAGUAGCCGCUUACAGAUCACCUAGUUACACCAACCCAGAAAUAUUUAUUCGCUCUCUUGACGCUAACUUAAAAACGGUUAGUCCCUCUCCUUGUCUUAUUUUUGCUGGAGACAUAAACUUAAAUAUUAUUGGGUCUGCAGCUGACAUAAACUUGCACACGGAGUACUUAGAUGUGUUAGCAGAGUACGGACUUUUUCCAGCUAUAACCAAACCAACUCGGGUCCAAACCUGCAUAGAUCACAUUUUUGUACCCGUAAAAUCUAAUGCGGAGUCCGUAGUCUAUCUCAAUGCUGCCACUGACCAUGAUAUCACUAUGGCAGGCAUAAUGUUAAAGACACACAAACCAAAAAGACCAAAACCUAUUCGAUCAAGAGUAAUAGUUGACAUAGACUCAAUAAGAUCAGAGCUGGAAGGAACGGACUGGUCAACAGUAAUAAACUGCAGCUUUCUUGAAGAGUCUGUAACUCAUUUUACUAAGACGGUAUCAGAGGCAAUAUUGAGAUAUUCAAAAACUUGUGUAAUAAGCCGCUCCAGAACUACCUUACACCCCUGGAUGACUCCUGGUUUAAUCAGAUGCUCUAAACACCGCGAUAAGCUUCAUAUAGAAUAUCGCAAGGACCCAAACAACCCAACUAAAAAACUUAUAUAUACGCGCUAUAGAAAUUUUUACAUAGAUCUAAUUAGAAGACUAAAACGUGAUUACAACAAAAAAGAAAUAAUCAAAAAUAAAUAUGCUCCAAAAAAACUCUGGGGUACUAUUAACCGCAUAACUGGCAAAGACACUAGCUCAAGUUCUAACCUGGCUCUCAUCAACUCAAGACCCUCCGUAAAAGAGUCUCUCAAUGUUUGCAACUCCUACUUUGUUUCUGUAGGUAAUAAGCUGGCAAACUCUAUCAUGCUGAAAUUAAAUGAGACUCAAGAGUCCCUUGCCGAAAAAGUACACAUUCCUGAUCAACCCGUUGGUUCAUUUUUCAUGAAUCCUACAGAUGAACUGGAAGUUUUGGGUCUUAUCCGGUCGCUUGAUUCAGGGGCUAUGUUACUGCAACAAAAUAGUUCAAACGAAAUUAUAAGGUUGUAA